AUGGUUUGCCGACCGGGUAUCUCCUCCAUGUCGCUAGGCCGAUGCUAUGCCGGCCACAGCUUUGAGCACAAGAUGUCUACGGCAGCGAAACAUGGCCUCCAAGGCAUCGAACUGUUCUACGAAGACCUUUGCGAUCUUGCGCCCUCAAAAUCAUCAUCAGAUCUCCUCACAGCAGCUGCUUACGUACGGGACCUAUGUUUAUCACUUGGACUUGAGAUCAUCUGCCUGCAACCGUUCAUGCACUAUGAGGGUCUGCUGGACCGACAGAGGCACGAAGAGCGGAUAGAAGAGAUGAGACUCUGGAUGAAGUUGGCACACGCCCUGGGUACGGACAUUGUACAGGUGCCAUCGUCGUUCCUUCCCAAAUCCGAGAUCUCGUCUGAUCUCGACCUAAUCGUUUCCGACCUGCAAAAAAUAGCAGACAUGGGCUUGCAACAAACACCAGUUAUCCGUUUUGCAUACGAGAGCCUGUGCUGGGGUACAUAUUGCGACAAGUGGGAGCGGUGCUGGGAGAUUGUCCAGCUCGUCGACCGACCCAACUUCGGUAUCUGCCUCGACAGCUUCAACAUCCUCGGCAGGCUAUAUGCAGACCCCACAUCAGACACUGGGUGCAACGUGAACGCAGAGCAGGUCGUCGCACAGUCGAUACAAAGACUCGUCAAGCAGAUCAAGCCGCACCGCGAGAAGAUCUUCUUCAUCCAGAUCGUCGAUGCUGAGAGGCUCGACGCGCCUUUGAAGCCAGGUCAUCCAUUCUACAACGCUAAACAGCCGAGCCGCAUGUCGUGGAGUAGGAACUGCAGAUUGUUUUAUGGCGAGACGGAGUACGGUGCCUAUCUGCCAGUCAAACACGUUGCAAAUGCCAUCAUCAACGAGAUCGGCUACGAUGGCUGGGUCAGUUUUGAGCUUUUCAACCGCGCCAUGGAGAGAAAAGACCACGGGGUCGUCGAGGAGCUGGCUUCGCGAUGUGCGAUUGGUUGGGAGAAGAUGGUAAUUGAUCUCGGGCUUGAGACGGCGCCCAGUCCGUUUGUUAAGACCACAGGCAAGGAAGACACACGGAAAGACAGCACACGAACGAGUUUUGAAAACGCGAGGCUAUAG